CGACAUUCGUAUAUUAGAUGGGUAGACCGCUAAGGGGAGGCGUCAUUCGCAUGCAGUGAAUUGUGGAGUCUGGAUACGUUAUCAAUUACGUUAUACGUUAGGCUGUACGUUAACACGUUAUGGAUGCUCGGAUGAGGGCGGCGAUAAUCCUUGGAUUACUGGUACAGGGAUCCAUAGCAGCGUCAUUGGUGGACCUACUGUCGAGACAAGUACAUACGAAUGUCGGAAAUGGCGAUGGCGGAAAUGACGGUGUUGGAAAUGACGAUGUCGGAAAUUACGCUGAACGUCCUAAAGGCUUGACAGACAUGGUGUCGGACAGUUUGAAAGAUAUUGACCAAACAGAACAAUUCGACUUAACCGAUCACAGUUUAAAGGUUGAGGAAACUGAUGGCAAAAACGAGAAAUAUAUUGACGCAACCAUAGCUGGAGAUGUAAUUGCAGCAGACGGAAGUGAGUACGAGAAUUUGAACACGGAUAAAACAGAAGACCAGAUAUCAAUCUUGGAUGCACUGAUUAACAGUCAGUCCAGUCCUUCAGAAAAUAGUUCCAUUCAAUCAACUGAAAGCCUUUGGGACACGAAACAAAAAUUAUCAUCAAAAUCAGACACGUGCCACUUGCGACAGAGUAUGGCUUAUGGCGAAUGUGGUCACGUUGCCCACUGUCAAGUCACGUGUUCGAGCGAGACCGAUUGCACGUUUCCCUACUGCGAUUCGAAGGGUCAAUGUCAAUGUAGACAAGCUGAGUGUAGCACAGCCGAAAUGUGCGAAUUCUUCAGAAUAGAGUGUCAAGGAACAUUCACAUGUAAGGAAGGUUACUGCUACUGUCAACAAGAGGAGGAAAGCGAAAUCACACAACAACAAAACAGAACGCAAUAAAUAAAAACACGACGUGACUACCCUGAAAAAUGUUGAUGUUUGAAGACAUUCACAAUAACAGUCUAUAUCGUGACGUUGAGGGAUAUUGUUCGAUUUGUAUGAAUAAAAUUUGGCCGUGCUCUGUGAACAGGUUUUUUAUGCAUGUGCAGUCUGCACAGGCUAAUCAGGGACGAAACUCUCUGCCUAAACUUGAUUUUUGCUAACAAAAGACUUUAUUGAAACGAAAAUAUCAUUACAGCGGAAAGUGUCGUCCCUGAUUAGCCUGUGCGAACUGCACGGCCUAAUGUGGGACGACACUUUACGCACAUGCAUUAAACCUAUUUUUCACAGAGCCCAUCCUAAUUGUUUUGUGUUUAAACGAAUGAACAAACUAAUUAUAAGGGGGGUAAGAGAGCUUUAUUACUAAAUCAAAAACUAACUACAGCUCCGUAAAGUUAAUGCUGAAAAGCGCGCCUGGUAUGAAAAUACAACCAAAGACAAUAAUAAGCGUAAUUAAAUAUGUGCAAAAAGCGCGCAAUACAAAUAAACAACAUGAGAAAUUCAGAUAAACAACAACAUAAAAUUGGCGCAUUUGAACUGCAUCGGUACACUAAGCAUAAAUAUACAUAAAAGAUAUAUGCCAAUCAAUGUUAUAUAUAAAAGCGCAUCAAAGAAACCAUCAUGAUAAGGCGCACAAAGCCAAUAGAUAAUGGCCAUACAAUAGAACCUUAUCGUUGCACUUACAUCCUAAUUGUUUUGUGUGUAUAAUGGAGAUAACUGCAUAUCUCAGCCACACCAGUUCAUUCAGAGUUAUUUCCAGUUGAUUCCAGUGGUCCUUUACUGACGUUCUUGGCAUGUGCCUGUGCCCAUAAGUGUUUAAGGCAUUUAAAAACAGAAGAUUUAAACUUGAUAUGUCGGUACAAAUCGGUUUGUGAUAUUGUAACCCUUUCUGUUUGGCCUAAAAUAUAGAAGCUGUUGAAGACUGUUUUCCUAUAAAAAUCGUAUGUUUAUGGAAAUAAACUUUAUUACAUUG